GACAGACUAACUCAAUGCCGAAAUAAGACCCGUCCUGAAAGCGUGAUCGUGAGAGAGAGAAAGAGAGAGAGACGGAAUAAAUCAAUGCCGAAAUUCACUUAAAACACAUAUUCAUUCAUUGCCGGUCAUCGCGAUGGGGAACCGGGGGAUGGAGGAUCUGAUUCCUCUGGUCAACCGAAUGCAAGAUGCGUUCUCCGCCAUCGGGCAGAACGCGGAGCUGGACCUGCCGCAGAUCGCGGUGGUGGGCGGACAAAGCGCCGGGAAGAGCUCCGUGCUCGAGAACUUCGUGGGGAAGGACUUCCUCCCGCGCGGCUCUGGCAUCGUCACCCGCCGUCCGCUCGUCCUCCAGCUCAUCAACUGCCCCACAGAAUACGCCGAGUUCCUCCACUGUAAGGGGAAGAAGUUCACGGAUUUCGAUGAGGUGCGUCAGGAGAUCGAGGCGGAGACGGAUCGGGUCACGGGACAGAAUAAAGGCAUCUCACCCGUGCCCAUCAACCUGCGGGUCUAUUCGCCAAACGUGCUGAACCUGACGCUGGUGGAUCUGCCUGGAAUGACUAAAGUGGCGGUGGGAGAUCAGCCGGCAGACAUCGAGCAGCAGAUCAGAGAAAUGCUGAUGCAGUUCGUGACCAAAGACAACUGUCUUCUGCUCGCCGUAUCGCCCGCCAACUCGGACCUCGCCAACUCUGACGCGCUGAAGAUCGCCAAAGAAGUCGACCCGCAGGGUCAGCGGACUAUCGGUGUCAUCACUAAACUCGAUCUCAUGGAUGAAGGGACCGACGCUCGGGAUAUCCUGGAAAACAAGCUCCUGCCACUGAGACGAGGUUACAUCGGUGUGGUGAACCGCAGUCAGAAAGACAUCGACGGAAAGAAGGAUAUUACUGCGGCUAUGGCUGCGGAGAGGAAGUUUUUCCUGUCUCAUUCCAGUUAUAGACACCUGGCCGACCGCAUGGGAACGCCGUUCCUGCAGAAAACCCUCAACCAGCAACUGACCAACCACAUCCGUGACACGCUCCCGGCGCUGCGUGCGAAACUGCAGAGCCAGCUGCUGUCCAUCGAGAAAGAAGUGGACGAAUACAAGAACUUCCGUCCGGACGACCCAUCCCGCAAGACCAAGGCCCUGUUGCAGAUGGUGCAGCAGUUUUCGGUGGACUUUGAGAAGCGUAUCGAGGGAUCUGGAGAUCAGAUAGACACAUAUGAGCUCUCCGGAGGAGCCCGCAUCAAUCGCAUCUUCCACGAGCGCUUCCCCUUCGAGCUGGUGAAGAUGGAGUUUGAUGAGAAGGAGCUGCGCAAGGAGAUCAGCUACGCCAUCAAGAACAUCCACGGCAUCAGAACUGGGCUCUUCACACCGGACAUGGCCUUUGAGACCAUUGUGAAAAGGCAGAUCUUGAAGACUAAAGAGCCGUGCCAGAAAUGUGUGGACAUGGUCAUUUCUGAGCUAGUCAAUACCGUUAGGCAGUGUACUAAGAAGUUGGCCCAGUAUCCCAUGCUGAGAGAGGAGAUGGAGCGGAUCGUCACUCAGCACAUCCGAGACCGCGAGAGCCGCACUAAAGACCAGGUGCUGCUGUUGAUUGACAUCGAGCUGGCGUACAUGAACACCAACCAUGAAGAUUUCAUCGGGUUUGCCAAUGCUCAGCAGAGAAGCAGUCAGGCGAGCAAGAAGAAAGCGGCUGGUAAUCAGGAUGAAAUCAUGGUGAUCAGGAAGGGCUGGCUGACCAUCAAUAACAUCGGCAUCAUGAAGGGCGGCGCUAAAGAGUACUGGUUUGUGAUGACGGCCGAAUCGCUGUCCUGGUACAAGGAUGACGAGGAGAAAGAGAAGAAGUACAUGCUGCAGGUGGACAAUCUGAAGCUCAGAGAUGUGGAGAAGGGCUUCAUGUCCAGCAAACACAUCUUUGCCCUGUUCAACACUGAGCAAAGGAACGUGUAUAAGGACUACCGUCAGCUGGAGUUGGCCUGUGAGAGUCAGGAGGACGUGGACGGGUGGAAGGCGUCAUUCCUGCGCGCCGGCGUUUACCCGGAGCGUGUGGUGGAGAAGGAAAAGAGCGACGCCGGGGAAGAGAACGGUUCGGACGGGUUCAUGCACUCCUUGGACCCUCAGCUGGAGCGGCAAGUGGAGACCAUCCGAAACCUGGUGGACUCGUACAUGAGCAUCGUCAACAAGACUGUACGAGACCUGAUGCCCAAGACCAUCAUGCAUCUGAUGAUUAACAACACGAAGGAGUUCAUCAACGCGGAGCUGUUGGCUCAGCUGUACUCGUGUGGAGACCAGAACACCCUGAUGGAGGAGUCUGCGGACCAGGCGCAGCACCGGGACGAGAUGCUCCGCAUGUAUCACGCUCUGAAAGAAGCGCUCCUGAUCAUCGGGGACAUCAGCACCACCACCGUCACCACCGCCCUGCCUCCACCCGUGGACGACUCCUGGCUGCAGGUGCAGCGCUCCGGCUCCGGGGGAAGGUCUCCGGCCGCCAGCCCGACCCCUCAGAGACGAGCUCCUCCUCCAGGACCCCCGGGACGCCCAGUUUCUCGUGGUUCGGCCCCGGUGCCCCCCGCUGCCGGCGGACCCCCCGUCCCCUCGCGCCCGGGAGCCUCUCCAGACCCGUUCGGUGGACCCCCGCCUCAGGUGCCGUCCCGGCCUAACCGCGCACCGCCCGGCGUGCCCAGCCGACGUCCCCCGGCAUCACCUACUCGACCAAACCGACCCACAGACUCCUCCCUCUUUGACUAGUAGCCCCUCCCAUUCCCGUGACCAACAGCGAGGACACGCCCACCCAGCCAGAACUCCUCCCCUUCCUGCUCCUCAUCACACACACACUAAUACACAUUCACUUGGACUGCACAACAACUCUACAACCCUCUGUCACAAGUUUAAGUUUUCAUUUUGUGUAGGUCAAGGAUUUCAAACUCAUUAUGCUUGUUCGUUAAAGG